AUGUCGUGCGCCGACUGCUAUACCGGCUCUGUCCACGAGGGCAAGCCCCGAGGCAAGACCAUUGAGCUCCAUGGUCUCCAAGCCUAUGUCACCGAGCCGACUGGCAAUCGUGCCCCCAAAGCCAUCAUUGUCAUUCUCCCCGACGCCUUUGGCUGGGAGUUUGUCAACAACCGUCUCCUGGCCGAUCACUACGCCGACAAGGGCGACUACAAGGUCUAUCUGCCGGACUUCAUGCUGGGUCGCUCAACUCCAGCCGAUGUCAUCCCGUCCAUGCGUGAUCUGAUCAGCGGUGGAUUGUUGUGGAAGCCCUACUACCUAUGCCGCGUUGCCGUCGGCAUGGUCCCCUUCCUCCUGACGAACUACAUCGGUAAGUCGCAUCCGCGGGUGCGCCUCUUUUUUGAGCGUCUGCGAGCGGCCGAGGGCUCCGACGCCCUCAUCGCCGCUGCCGGCUUCUGCUGGGGCGGCAAGCACGUGCUGCUCAUGUCCCACGACAUUGUCCCGCUCAUCAAUGCCGGUUUCGUGGGCCAUCCCAGCUUCUUCAGCCCUAGUGAUGUCGCCGCCCCCGUCACGGUGCCCGUGGCCGCUGCUGUGGGCAGCCUCGACCCGACCCUGCCCGCCGCCUCUGUCGAUGUUAUGCGCAAGGGCCUCGAGGCCGAGACCUUAGCCGAGGCCGUGCGUGGCCAAGUCACCGUCUAUGACGGCUGCGGCCACGGCUUCUGCGUCCGUGCCGACUCCACCUACAACGACAUCACCAAGCAGGCCUUGGCCUCUGAGGAUCAGUGCAUCGCCUGGUUCAAUGGGCACUUUGCCGACAGCAGCCUGCCUGAAAACCUCAAGGCCCGGCUCAAGGCGUCGUACGAUGCGAUUGCGCCGACAUACAACGCCUGGACGAUCGGGCACUCGCCCAUGCGGAUGCAGUACCUCGACCUCCUCAUUGCACGGCUGCAAAAAGAGACAAGCACAGGCGUCGGGCCUCUGCGCGUGGUGGAGCUCGGCUGCGGCGCCGGCGUGCCCGUGACGGAGCGGCUGCUGACAGCACUGCGUCCGGUGCACGUUAUGGCCAACGACCUGUCGUCGACGCAGAUCCGCCUGGCCCGGACCACACUGGGAGACCACGGCGAGACGGUGGAGGGUGGUGGCGGCAGCAGCGUGGACUGGCUCGAGGCCGACAUGAUGUCGCUGGCCUUUUCUGAUGCCACGAUCGAUGCCGUCGUCGGCUUCUACAGCCUCAUCCACCUGCCGCGCGACGAGCAGACCGAGCUGCUGGGCCGCAUCGCCCGCUGGCUCCGUCCCGGCGGCUGCCUGCUGGCCAACUUUGCCGAGGUGGCGAAACCGGCCAUCGUCAUGGAUCGCUGGCUCCACGACGACGGCUGGAUGUUCUGGAGCGGCUGGGGCGUUAACGGGACGCGCGCGCGCAUCCGCGAGGCCGGUUUUGAUUUGGUCGUCGCCCAGGUCGAGCAGGACGCCGUCGAUGCCAACUUCUUCUGGGUGCUUGCACAGACAUCAACCGAGAUCCCCUCCUCCACCAUGGUGACCGCACUGGCACGGCGGGCAGCGUUGCCGCCGUCCAUCUUGGGGCGAUGCCGCCCGGCCGCCCUGGCACAGCUCCAGGCUCGGCCUCGAUCAGCAGGCCUGAUGACGACAGCGAUGCCAGCGAUGCCAGCGAUGACGGCGACAACAGCGGAACGGCCAGCAUGGCCAUCUCCUGGCCAGCAGCGACGAGCGCUGCAGACGAGCGCAAGACGACAGGUGCCGGGCCCGUCGCCGCUGCUGGGGGCCAUUGGCGGGUUUGGAUCGUCGUCGGCUAUCCCGGCGGCCUACUUCCAGAAGCCGUCGCUGCCGGCCAACACGAUCAUCCGGUUCGUGCCGCAGCAGACGGCGUGGAUUGUCGAGCGGAUGGGCAAGUUUGACCGGAUCCUGCAGCCCGGUCUGGCUGUGCUGAUCCCCUUCCUCGACCGCAUUGCCUAUGUCAAGUCGCUCAAGGAGAUCGCGCUCGAGAUCCCUAGCCAGAGCGCCAUCACGGCCGACAACGUCACUCUGGAGCUCGACGGCGUGCUCUACACGCGGGUCUUUGACGCCUACAAGGCGAGCUAUGGCGUCGAGGAUGCCGAGUAUGCCAUCUCGCAGCUGGCCCAGACGACGAUGCGCAGCGAAAUUGGCCAGAUGACGCUGGAUCACGUGCUCAAAGAGCGGGCGUCGCUCAACACCAACAUCACGGCCGCCAUCAACGAGGCAGCGCAGGCGUGGGGCGUCACGUGUCUGCGGUAUGAGAUCCGUGACAUCCACGCGCCCGCCGCUGUGGUCGAGGCGAUGCACCGCCAGGUCACGGCCGAACGGUCGAAGCGAGCCGAGAUCCUCGAGUCCGAGGGCCAGCGCCAGAGCGCCAUCAACAUCGCCGAGGGCAAGAAGCAGAGCGUCAUCCUGGCUUCCGAAGCCCUGCGCUCCGAGAACAUCAACCGCGCGUCCGGUGAGUCCGAGGCGAUCCUGCUGCGCGCCACCGCCACUGCCCAGGGCAUCGAUGCUGUCGCUGCCAGCAUCGCUGCCGGCCGUGACGCCGCUCAGAGCGCCGUCUCGCUGUCCAUUGCCGAAAAGUACGUCGACGCCUUUGCUCGUCUCGCCAAGGAGAGCACGGCUGUUGUCGUGCCCGGCAACGUCGGCGAUAUGGCUGGCCUCAUUGCCACCGCCCUCGGCGUCUAUGGCAAGGUAGGCGAGGCCACCCGUCGGCCCCAGGAGACCGCCCGCGCGCUUCUCAAGACGAGCGACGACACCGAGACCGCCCGCGAACUCAGCUCCCCCCUUUCCCAGGCUUCCAAGAGCAGGGCUGUCCGCGACCAUAUCGUGGAGGACUUUGACAAGACUACGCAAUCGCGGUGA